AUCAGUUGCAACAGGGUUCUGGUAUUUAUUUCGUAAAUAUAAGUAAAACAGAUCACAUGAAUCACUACGCGUAAUAAUUGCUUAAUGAAUGGAACUAAUUUAUAAGUAACGAUUUCUUUUCAUUGUAAAAAGUCUAAUUUGCGUCUAUAUUUCAUAUAAAACGGAAUGGUAAAACAUCACAAUAGGCAUAGAUAUUGAGUAACGAAAGAACGGGUACAUAAAUAUAAGAUAUAUCAAACGUAUUUGAAAAUAAAAUAAAUGUGAUACACCGUAACAACGGUGUAAAUGGGUAUGAUACACCGUAACAGCGGAGUGUUUUGGAUAAAUGAUAUGAAUGAUCAGCCUCGUUCAAAGGGUAGUAAUGACUACCGCAGAAGUCCUAACAUUGGCGGAAGGUCGCCAUCUUUGAUGCGCUCCUCUUCUCCAAAACGCUUUAGAAAUCGUCUUAGUGACUCGGAUUACAACAUUUCUUGUUAUGACUCUGAUGAUCGCUGUAGCAACCGAAAUCAUCUCCGAGGAGGUAAGCACGUAGUAACUUGUGAUAAAUGUGAUAAUUCAGAGAAGAAAGGAUGUGAAUCAAAUAGACAUUCAAACGAUACAAUGGCGCUGAGCGCUGUUAUGCUUAGUGGUGGAGGCGGGUCCGGGCUCAAAAAAGGUUCAAGCCAAAGAAACCUUUCGGAUUUAGAACAUGAACAAGGGAACAUAAACUCAUGGCAAAGUGGCUGCCCGCCUAGUCGGGACUCAAGGUCACAUUCUGUUUCUCCGUCGUCAAGCAAAUGCAACUGUGAUAGAGCCAGAUCCAAAGAAACUGUGAUUAUAAACGUUGGAGGAAAUGUGUUCGAGACAUUCAGAUCAACGCUUAAACGAUUUAAAACUUGUAAACUAGCCGAUGAACGAGAAAUGCUGAAAUAUUUCCGACCUGAUAAAGGGGACUAUUUCUUUGACAGGGAUCCUUACGCCUUUAAUAUUAUCAUGAACUACUUGCGAUAUGGGGACCUUCACUUGCCGACGAAUCUGUGCGGACCGGCGCUCAUGCGAGAAUUUCAAUACUGGGGAAUCGACGAACAGGAAAUCGAAAGAUGCUGCUUCCAACCAUACAAUACAUGGAAAACACAGACGAAAUCUCUAGAGAAACUAGAAUAUGACCGGAAGCAGUCCACAACUCAGACAGACCUUGCGCAUGACCGGAAAUCGAAAAGCGUCUGGCGCAGGCUAAGAGCCGUCAUUUGGCCGUUUCUACAAGAUCCAAGUUCUUCAGUGGCAGCAAAGAUUUAUGCAUGGAUAUCCAUAAUAUUCGUCUGCCUUUCGAUUUUUUCGUUUUGUGCGGAAACGCAUCCGUAUUUUCAACUUCCGCCGUCAGAGGUCCACGAUCUUCGGGUCCUUUACAAGUUCUUUGCUCUGGAGGACAGCCAAGUAAUCACAAGAAUCCAUCACAAAGCAACUAUUAACGAUAGCACAGCGUCUAAUUUUUCGGACGUAGCAGGCGACAAUAAUACAGAUGUCGAUCCAGAGCAGACGGUACAACAUCCGGCAUUGCUUGUUAUCGAUCUGAUUUGUGUGCUGUUUUUCUCUUUAGAGUUUCUCACACGGCUUAUAUUUUGUCCGAAAAAGCUCAGAUUCUGUACCUCAUUGCAAAACAUCAUCGACUUUAUCGCUAUCGUGCCGGACUACGUGGAAUUCGUUCUGUUAGCUGUAAGCCCUCAAGUGCGGUCAGGUCUAAGUUUUGUUGACUUUAUUUUCAUACUGCGCAUGCUCCGUUUGUGUCGUAUCUUCCGUCUAAUACGACACGUUCCUGGAUUAUGGAUUCUGUUGUAUACUUUGAAAGCAAGUUUCAAUGAACUUUUGCUCAUGUUUGUGUUCCUUCUAAUAGGAAUGGUGAUGUUUGCGUCCCUUUUACACUUCACCGAGGGUGGAGGACAGUUCAGUAACAUUCCCGUGGGUUUUUGGUGGGCUGUUGUAACCAUGACAACGGUAGGGUAUGGUGAUAUGUACCCUACGUCAGCGUUUGGUUAUUUCAUAGGAUCAAUUUGUGCUAUAUCCGGUCUACUUAUGAUCGCGUUCACCGUGCCAAUUAUAGUCAGUAACUUUGUCCUGUAUUACACGCACGUGCAGUACGGGAUAUCUGAAAAAGACGAAAGAGAGGGCAUGGCCUGUGAUAUCAUCGAUGACAUUGAGACAUGUUCAUAUCAUACAUCAUGUUCCGGUUCAAUAAAUGACGUGCAUAGAAAUAAAGGUCUUGUAGAAAAUUCACCGACGUCGGAAACUGACGUGAACUUGACGGAAUUUAGCAACGCUCUUAGAAGCACUUCCGAUAUCACGUCUCAAGUAUUUGAUAAGGAUGAUAACAGCAUUCCUAUGAAAAUCACAGACAGCAAUUCAAAUAAACUUUGAGUAGUGUUAUACUGGGUGUCUGAAAUAUUAACUAUGAGUGUGAAAUAUGGGGAUUUGUUUUUAUGAACUGAUAAAUAAAUUGUGAUAUAAGUUUGUCGUUUUACCCGCUGCAGAAGUAAUAAUUUUAUCAAUUUGUUCAAAUAAUGAAGAAUUUCAAUAAUUUUUCUUAAUUUAAAAAAAUAGAAUGUUUUAUUUUCAAUGUUUGAAAUAUUAUAAAUAAUAAUAUCAUAGUCAUUUAUUUUUUCCAUAUGCUUAAGUGUUAUUUUUUCACGUGUCUUAGUCAAAGUUUAAGGAAAAUAGCAUUCCAACUGCAGCAAAAUUAUUAAUGUAUGAUUAUUUAGUUUUACUUUGAGGAGAAAUCUUAAAUGGUUAUAUAUUUUUAUUAGUUUUAAACGUUUAAUAAAGGUUUUACUUUAGUCUGUAUUAUUUACACUAUUCUUUAGCAGAUAACGUAUAUAUUUUUUUAUCUGUUUUUCUUGAAUGACAAAAUUUACCUUGUGACAACAUAAUAUUAACGAGUCAAAUGACUUCCGUGUAUUAUUACUAUAGACAGUGUAUAAAGACUCAACACUGUUCCAAUGCCAUCUUUGGCUGACAACUUUCUGCCUAUGAUUAUUUAUUUUAAAAGGGCCACAUCCUUUUUUUCUUUUAAAAAGAAAUCAUUAUUUAUAAAUACAUCCAGUCUAUAGAUUUAUAUUUUAAUCACCAGUGUUGUAAAUUUAGGCAUUUGCUACUAUUUGAUCCGUUUUCAAAUAUUUAUGUUAUUAAGAAAUCACUUUCUCUUUUUUUUUUAUUUCGUUGAUUUUGGAAGGUUCUAUUAUUUGAGCUUAUAUAACGGAAACCGCUUUUACUUUAUUGAACAUUUUAAUUGGUCAAUAAUAUUUACAAGAUGACAUAAAUUUAUGAGUCCUAGAAUUCGAAAUAUUUUUGUGAUAAUAGUAUUUUUACAACAUUUUUUUUCUUUAAGAAAUUGUUUUUUCUUUGUAUUUUUUUUAUUUCUAUUGUUUACCUAUAAAUGUACAAAAUGUAGCUGACAAAAACAGUAAGAAAGACUAGAUUUGUUAAUAUAAAGAGGAUAUUCAUUUUUUUCUAAAAAUAUAGGAUUUAUUUUCAUCGAGUGUUAUGAAAAUAAAUGUUUAUCGAGUGGCGGUAGCCACAAGUGAAAUAUGAUAAUUUUCAUAACCACAAGACGAAAACAAAUCCUGUAUUAAUAGAAACAAACUUGAAUUUUCUGUUUAUUAUAUACUUUUCUCCUUUUUUGACCUUAACAAUUCUUUAAACUUCUCCUUAAUUUUGUAUUAUGGCUGAAUUAAGAACAAAUUAGUCCGGUAAGACACCAGUGAAAAUACGGAAAAUAUGUUUCACUGCAGUGGAACAUAAAUUUUAACUGUGAAAAUAGGAAAAUGAAAAUAUGCAUUUUGCUUCAUGAAUAUUUCUCAAUAUUUCAUUCAUAAGUUUAUAAAAGGCAUAAUCAUAUUACUGAUGGCGGAACAUACACUUGUCAUAUUGCAUGCGGUACAUUUAUUUAUUUUGUAAUGAUCCUGUACUGACAAUUGUUAGAUAUUGUGUAAUUUGUAAUUAAUUACAGUUACCUUCAUUAUUACGACUACCGUUGAAUUACAUGUACAUUAGAUAAUUUACAUUUAGCCUCUUGGUACAUGACAGAAUUAGGUCACGCUCUGAAAAAAUAUUUCCGCAAUAGUGUCUCAAGUAUUUGAUAAGGAUGAAAAUAACAUUCCUAUCAAAACAAAAUCACAGACGGUACUCAGAUAAACUUAGUAAAUAGUACAGAUAGUAUAUCUGUUUCAGAAACAAAUGUAUUAUGAGUGUGAAAUAUGGGGAUUUGUUAUAUUUUUAUAUAUUACUUAGUUGUUAGUGAUGAAACAGACAUUUUACUUUAUUAGGUAACUACAUUUACAUUUUUAUGACAUUUAUACCUUUCUUACCGUAACUGUGUAGUUACAGUUGCUCGAUAUAGUCACAUUUUUACAGUAAUUGUAAUAUUACACUUAGUUAUUAAUUACUAUUAUCAUAUUAUCUCUGUCACUGCAUUACAAUUACAUUUUCUUUUAUUUCAAGCUUACUAUAUUUUUAUUUUUUUGUAUUCACAGUGUAAAUGAGAAGACAUUAUGUUUCUAUUUGUGUGUCAGCACUUGUAUAGAUGUGCACGGUAUGAAAUAUGAAGGUGAUUUUAAAUUUCCUGUUAAAAGCACAGGUUUAAUUGCUAAAUUUUAGAUGUAAAUAAGCGCCUUUAUAAAUUUAAAUUAAAUUAUAAAUUCAAUACAAACAUGAUAAUUGACAGGACUUGUUGCUUCAAGCGCAAAAAGUAUUUAAUAUAAAUGCUAGGACUCCGAAAACGAAAAUGAGGCUAGAUUGAGCAGGGCAUGCAUUUGAUAUAUAGUUUUUGAAAUCUGAAAUUGAUGGUUAUACGGGGUACGAUUUGCAUAAUAUAGAUAUUUUGCUAUUUUUGGACUCUGAAAGUGAAAACGGGGCUAUAUGGGGUACGAUAUGCAUUUGAUAUAGACUUUUAGGCUCUAGAAAUGGAAACGAGGCUAAGAUUCGGCACGAUUUAAACGCUAAAAAGUUUAUUUGAUAAAUUCACGAGGUGUGUAAUAAAUUUAUCGUGUAAUUAUCCUUAAAGUCUAUUAGUAAUUCGCACUUGAAAUGUUAUCAUGGUCUCAAUUACAGUGAUAUUGUAAUGCCGGUAACCAUGUAAAUAUUACUGUGAAGUAACAGAAAUUACAAUUGUAAUUACACUGAAAUCACAAUUAUGUUCUGUAUAUUACCAUGUAAUUACAGUUACUUUUUAAUAUAUAGUUAUCAUGAAAUUACAGUUUUAGUGUAAUUACAGUUCACGUGUUGUUAUUGUUACUAUAUAUUAACAGUUACAUCAAAAUUACAAUUACCGAGUUUUCAAUUUUACCAUUUCAUUUCCGCAACAGUGAAACUACAGUUACCAUGUCAUUUUCUGCUCUGUAAUAAUUACGGUAAUAAUCAAAUCAUAUCAUUACUGUUAUGGUUUUAAUUAUUGUUACUACAUUAUUACAAUUACUAUGUUAUCUCCGAUUAUAUAUAUCAUAAUGGUUAUUUUAUGAAUACUGUUUUAUUUCGUUAUAUAUAUAUUUUUUGUUAUUUUAACUUUUGUCAUUUUAGAAAUUUUAGUUUUGGAAAUGUAGUUUAAAGAAAGUGAUAACAUGCAUAGUGUGAAAUAUGAUAUCCAUUUAGAAACAUGUAGAUAACUCAUUUGUAAUGUAAUUGACCUUUACUGACAAUUGGCAGUUGCCAUUAAUUACAGCGUAUAAUUACUAUUACAAGUAAUUACUUUACUUAAUAACCGUUUAGCUACAGUCGCUACAAUUACAAGUAAUUACUUUACUUAAUAACCGUUUAGCUACAGUUGCACUACUCUAUCAUCACAAUUUCACAAAUAUUGGUCUAUUCGUGUAACGGUUACCGAGUAAUUUCAUUUACCGUGUUACUGAUGUGACCGUGUAAUUACCGUUCCUGUGUUACAGGAACCGAAAUUGCAAACCAACCGCGUUGUUCAGGGUUGCGUUUCAUAGAAAGUCCUAAGUCUGAAAUCGGUCUUAUGACCAAAACUGAAACAAUUUUGUGUUUCAAAGAAAACGUCUGAAUUUUAUGGAUCCUAUUUCAUAAUUUUAAUUUCUAAAUAGCAACACAGAUGACCAAUAACACAUUCAUUGCGAAUAAAAUAGUUUGUCAUUGCAUUUCUCAACUUAUCUCCGGAAAUGAAUUAAAUUUAUAACCUGUGGUCUUUUACUGAGGGUAAAAACAUUUAUUGGCACGGUCUUAAGUUAGUCCUCAAGUUGGUUUUGUGUCGGAGGACAAAGAAUACACAUAAAGACUGUCUAUGAAACGAGGCCUAGGUUACCGUGUGUAAUUAAAGAUACCUCAUUGACAACAUAGGGAUAACCGUAAAAUUCGGUUCUGUGCCAAUCAAAUCACUGUACAUGUUGGUGUACAGAGACCUAGCGCAUAAGCCAAUUGUCAGUAGGGGUCUUUUACCGUUAACACAAAUAAUGAUACAUUUGCUCAAUUGUUUGGUAUAUAAUAUAUGAUGUAAAAUUAAUUAUUAGCAGUAGGUAGAUUUAUUUAUUUAUUCUUAGAUAGAAUGCGCUCAAAAUGUCGUGCCUUUCAUUGGUGAUAAACACUUAUUUUCUCCAAGCAACGAUGUUAUGCUAUUUUUUUUCUGUCUUCAACUUCAGAUAAACUUAUUUUAACAAUCUGACCGAGGGUAUCUUACAGGUCUUUAAAUAUUAAGUUUCAAGUUUUCAAAUUCGAUGUUAAAAGUCGGAGUAAAAUAUUGUUAUUUUUAUAUUUUUAAUUUUUAAUUUCUUUCUUGGUUAUACAUUUUUAAAUCAAUUUUAAAUACCGUUUCGGAAUAUUUUUUCGGAAUAAAUUUUAGUUGCUUUUUAAAUAUUUAAUCGUUUCUAUUUUUUCUUGUGAAAAUCCGGUAUAUUACGUAAGCCUCCAAUUUGUAUAAUAAUAUUUUUUAAUGUUUAUUUAUGAUAAAAAUUACAUGCGUAUCAUUGUCAUUUCCAUUUAAGAUAGUUAAGGCUGUAUGCACGAGUAUUUGUUUGUUUCCUCAAAUUACUGUUCAACAUUUAAUACCCGAAAUAGUAUAAGUAUAAAUAUACUAGCAAAUUUAAUGCUAUUUAGAAGGGGAUAUUUCAAACUGAUUUGUGAAAGAUAAUGCUUUAGCGAAUCGUAAAAGUUAAAAUGAAAACUUUACAGUUUUAGCUUUGGUGCUUCACUUCACAUGACAAUUGUGAUGAUGGACAAUGUACAAAUGUAUAUCGCAUUUUUUUCUGACUUAUUUCAGCAUUGAUAGAAAGAUUCGCUUCCAAAGCCAAGAAAUUAUGAUUCCUGAAAGUUUAUUAUUUUUAUAUCAUAGCUUUCCUUUUUACUCUAACGUAUAUAAAUCAUAAUGAAACAGUUAUUACAGAAAUGCAUAUAUAUAACAUAUUGUUAUACAUAGCUUAUACGUAUAACGUUUAGAUAUCAAAACUGCUAACAAACAAAUAUGGUGUGGUAUUUAACGAUUGAUUCGAAGCUCAACCUUCAAUACAUAAUGACUUAUUAUCGAUAUAUUCUGUAGGACUAGCAGAUAUCAUUCCGUAUAUAAUCUAGCCAUUAUUAGUUCUAACAAUAUAACAAUAUAGACCACAACAAUAUAAUUAUUAAACUGAUUAUUUAUGGAACUAGACCAAGCCAUUGUUGAUUAUGCUUUAUGCUUUAAUUUUGUUUUGAAAUGGCUUCUUUUUUAUGCUUUGGGUAAUAUAUGUUACUUUUACAAUUAUAUAACUUUGUUAAUUAUGUCAGUUAUUGCAAAUAUGUCUGUUACAGCAGUUAUGUCUGUUACAGCAGCAAUUAUGUCUGAUACAGCAGCAGUUAUGUUUCAAAAAAGAAAACAAGUAUGAAAAAUAAAUAUGAAAGUUGGCGAAGUCAAAUCUCGUAUUUAUUUUGGGACUACUUUCUCUGAUAUUUUUCUGCGACAAGUCAGUACCUUUAGCUAUUCAUUUUAUUAUCAGAAAGUAUGUAGUUAUGUUUUCUAUAGACAGUUCAAGAUGGCUCGUGAAAAUAUAUUGUAUAUUUCACUCAAAUGUAAAUAUAUCCUCUUAUUAUUCUGUAUAGAAUGUCACAUGCGAUCUUCAUAUAUUCAUUUAUAAAAGGCACAUUUUAUUGAGCGGAAUAAUGUUUAUAUCAUUAAUAGCUUUUAUAAAGCUGUUCUUUAUUUACAUUUUUCAUAUAUUUUAUGAUUUUAGUAAUUCUUUUGUUUUAAUUGUUUGACAUUGUACUAUUUAAACGAGCAUUUUAAAACACUGUGCACUUCGUCAUUAUAAAUGGUUAAACUAUUUUACCUGAUAAUUUGACAUUUUCAAUGCUGUUUUAUUUGACAUUUUGAAAAACAAAUCGCGAAAAUAUAUGACAUUUAACCUACUUCCUGUUGACAUACAUUCCUUUUCAUUGUAAAUAUAUUAUGCAUAUCACUUUCAUAUACACAGUUUCUUGUCACACACACACAUAUAUAGAUGUUGCGAUUGUUAUAUCUGAGAUAAUGCAAAAUAAAUUGUUUGAUUUUU